AGGAUUGUCCUGCAUCGCGGCGGUCUGAUCACCGCGCCCGAGCGCAGGUCAGCGCAGGUCACCGCCGCCCGCCCCAGACACCGCCAGCCAUGGCCAGCGCCGCGCGACUCGGUCUCAGUCUCAUCGCCGCCGCGUCGGUGAUAGCCGUGCAACAUGCCGGGGCGCUGCCCCCGCCGUCCGCCGAACUGGCCGCGGCAGACGUGCUGGAGAGCAUCCAGCAGCAGGUACACACCAUGCAGAGCCAGCUGACGGACCUGCUGACCGCCAUCGACACGGAGCCAACAUCACCCCAGCCUACAACGCAGAAAGUCACAACACCGGAGCCAACAACACCCGAGCCUACAACGCAAAAGGUUACAACUCCCGAGCCUACAACACAGAAAGUUACAACUCCGGAGCCUACAACACAGAAGGUCACAACGCCGGAGCCUACCACACAGAAGGUUACAACACCUGAGCCUACAACGCAGAAAGUUACAACACCGGAGCCUACGACACAAAAGUUUACAACUCCCGAGCCUACCACACAGAAAGUUACAACUCCGGAGCCUACCACACAGAAGGUCACAACGCCGGAGCCUACAACACAGAAGGUUACAACUCCAGAGCCCACAACGCAGAAAAGUACAACACCGGAGCCAACAACACCCGAACCUACAACGCAGAAAGUUACAACACCGGAGCCUACAACACAGAAAGCUUCAACUCCGGAGCCUACAACUCAAAAGAUUACAACGCCGGAGCCUACAACACCGGAGCCUACAACGCAAAAGAUUACAACUCCCGAGCCUACUACACAGAAAGUUACAACCCUGGAGCCAACAACACAGAAAGUUACAACUCCGGAGCCUACAACUCAGAAGAUCACAACGCCGGAGCCUACAACACAGAAGGUCACAACAACGGAGCCUACAACGCAAAAGGUUACAACUCCCGAGCCUACUACACAGAAAGUUACGACUCCGGAGCCUACAACUCAGAAGAUUACAACGCCGGAGCCUACAACACAGAAGGUCACAACUCCGGAGCCUACAACGCAAAAGGUUACGACUCCCGAGCCUACUACACAGAAAGUUACAACUCCGGAGCAUACAACACCUGAGCCUACAACACAGAGGGUUACAACGCAGGAUCCUACAACACAAAAGGUUACAACCCCAGAGCCAACAACAACGACGCCUACAACUCCCGAGCCUACGACGCAGAAAGUUACGACUCCGGGGCCAACAACGCCGGAGCCUACAACGCAAAAAGUUACGACGCUGGAGCCGACAACACCUGAGCCUACAACACAAAAGGUUACAACUCCAGAACCUACAACACAGAGGGUUACAACGCUGGAACCUACAACACAGAAAGUUACAACGCCGGAGCCUACAACGCAGAAAGUUACAACCCCAGAACCGACAACACCUGAGCCUACGACGCAGAAAGUUACAACAACGGAGCCAACAACACCGGAGCCUACAACGCAAAAGGUUACAACUCCCGAGCCUACAACACAGAAAGUUACAACUCCGGAGCCUACAACACAGAAGGUUACAACACCGGCGCCUACGACGCAGAAAGUUACAACUCCCCAGCCUACAACACAGAAAGUUACAACGCCGGAGCCAACAACACCGGAGCCAACAACACAAAAGGUUACAACUCCGGAGCCAACAACACCGGAGCCUACAACACAAAAGGUUACAACUCCGGAGCCUACAACACAAAAGGUUACAACUCCGGAGCCUACGACGCAGAAAGUUACAACGCCGGAGCCUACGACGCAAAAGGUUACAACUUCCAAGCCUACCACACAGAAAGUUACAACUCCGGAGCCUACAACACCUGAGCCUACAACACAAAAGGCUACAACGCCGGAGCCUACCACUGCGAAGGCCUCUACAGUGGGACCCACUGGUGGCUCUUCCCCUUCGGGUCUGUUCAGGGUGUCGCUCCGCGGCGCUCCUGCCCUGACGUUCCGGCUCGCCCGUCUCCUGAAUGAGGUCAGCUGCGAGUCGCUGCAGCGGGACCUGAACCGGACGCUGGACGACGUCGACGACGCCCUGGCGCUGGUGGAUGCGCAGCAGUUCGACAACGCCACCCUCGGCGCACUGUCCGCCGGCAACGAGCGGCUCAACUGGACGCUGGAGUGCGCCGACACCGGCCGGCUGGUGCUGAGCGGCGGCGAGCGCGACUUCCUGCGCCAGCGGAUCCCCGCCGUGGAGACCACCGCCGCCGCCGCCGCCGACACCAUCGACGGCAUCGUCAGCCCGCCGACGCCGGCGCCAGCUGACGACUCGGGCUUCCGGUCGGCGACCAUCGCGCUGGGCGUGCUGCUGUCGCUGACGCUGGUCGGUGCCGCCGUGCUGGCCGUGCUGGUCACCCGCCGGAGAGCCGCCGCCGGCCAGGGACUCGACAACGAGGGCUUCAACUGAGACAACAGCCGCUCCAACUGAGACAACAGCCGCUUCAAUUAGACAAAACCUCUCCAACUGAGACUCCGACGGCUUCAACUAAGAUAUCGACCGUAUCGACUGUCACUCUGCCGGACACUAUCCGGCGGAGAGUGGUGUCCUUCUGUCAUCUCCUAGCGUCUUGCAGCGGAAUGAAGCCGGUAUAACAGACGGCAUGUGCUGCCCAAGUCGCUGCUCCACACAAGUAUUAGUUAUACCAGUGUCACGUAUCGGCUAAUAGUGCGCUCGUGGGUGCACAGAUGUCGCUGCUACUAUUUUUGUAAGUGCGAAUGACACCGUUCCACAAUCGCUCUUUCUGUCCGUGUAAUCAUUCUCAUCUCAUAAUUCGGGUGUUCCAGAGGUGAGUGCGUGCUUUAACGGCGAUCCACAGAGCGUCGGUAGGUAGUGGUGUCAGGCGCACAGCCGGCCGGCGCGGUAAAAGCGCACGCCGUGCGGUGUGGUGCGGAGUGUGAGUGUAGAUAAUGUGCAGACAGAACUGAAAUUAAAACAGAUCAGCCACGUGGAGCCGUGGAGAUGAAUUCACAACCUAUAUCGGCUGGCGACAUAAGAUAUACGCAAUGCAAUGAUGUGUCCGACGAGCGCAAAUGCAACGUGUGCCUGUAUGUGGUUAUCAUGGGCGUCGAAACCGGGGGGGACGGGGGGGACGCGUCCCCCCCAGUCGAGGAAUCCGGGGGGGACGUCCCCCGCAAAAAUAUCCUCAUGAAUGAUUAAAAAAGUGAUCAACGAAAUUGGUGUAUUGUCGUUUUGGGAUGAAAUUGCGGAUACCUACUCGUAUACAAAUUGAAUCAUGCGAAUUGCUGACACUGCACUUGCUUGCAGGGCUGCGGAGUAGAUUGAUUUUGGUAGCUCUGACUCCGACUUUUAAAAAAUCGCUCGGAGUCCCCACCCCAUCUCCGAUCACGGCAUCCCUCGGCCCGCAUCGGAGUGAAAAACAUGUGAUGUGAUGCUUUUGUCUCUUUGAACAUUUCUUGGCACGUUAAAAGAUAACAUUACCUACGAGGUGCAGCUCUGGACUGUCCGUCCCAGGUCCUCGAUAGGGAGCCAAAGCUCCAGUUGUAGGGGCGACCAUAUUCAACAAGGGCUGAAGAUCUGUCCCAAAGUCUCAAGCUUGCAAAGACCACACAUUUUAUGUAGGAUAUUCGUAAUAGUCAAGACCUUCAGCUCACUCUCAAACGGCCCUCUUCCCGUUCAAGGCCAUCCGACAGCAGAAGGUCUCACCAUGUCCUUUGAACGCUUGAUGCUUGAGGGUGAGAGGACCUCGUCCUGGUCUGAGAGAGCCCAGGAGGAUGUAAUACUCAGUAUGGUCCUACAUUGGUCUUACCAUGACCCGGCCUUCAAUCACCACAGCCAACAGAAUCUCCAGCUUUUAUCCGACCCAUCCUCGGGGAUGACGUUGACUCUGACUUCAGAGUUGAAGUCUGGUACGACUUUGGUGACUCCAACUCCGUAUCCGACCAAAACCGUCGACUACGACCGAAGUCGACUCCGACCCCGCGGUCCUGCAGCUACACUGCACAGAGUUUCAAACUUCUUGGAAAUAAGCUGUACCUAUGGUUGACAGAGGACCACACGAUUUUUUAGAGGCAGGGCUGCUGGACUUGGUGACCAGAUCCUAACUGUCCUGGUAUCAAACUUAUUACUCGGGAUGCAAAAUUUAUGCGUUUUGGGACUGUUUUGCCAAGAGUUUUUGCCAAUUUUCGCGGCGCUUCGCGCCGCCAAUUCAUGCACAGAUAGAAAAGAGUGUGACUAAUAACGCCUCCACGCGAGAACAUGAGAACAUGUGUAUUGUGUAUGCGUUAUAAGUAGUGCAUAGGCCUGAAAUUGUACGGUAACUAGCUUUUGGGUUUUUAGUCAGCCAAUCCGUCCCCCCCAGUCAAAAAUCCGUGGCGACGCCCCUGGUGGUUAUUCAUAUUCAAUGUCAAUAAAACAUCAGAUCAGGUGCGAAGAACACCAAAUGACUUUGAUAGAAACGACGUGUGCCAGGCGGAACUACCAAGUCCCCUUCAUGUCCCGAUGAAAGCCUGGUGCAGGAAAUCAGUUCAUCUCCUUUUCAAACUAAGGUAAUAGCGACAGUUUAAUUACCAGGAGUCAAUGUAAUGAUACGCCUUACACUUAUGCAUUUUUUGCUGCACGUUUACUCCCAUAAAUGACCA